UUUGGGCAGUCAGUUUGCUGUCCAUACGUUGGAGCACGAGACGUCUCCUUUUGGGGCGCUCAGCAUGGGGAUCCAGGAGCAGAAAUCCUAUGGGCUGAUGGCAGUGUGUGAUAGCGAUCCUUGCCGGACCAAGCAAUGCCGUGCAAAGGAAAGCUGCAAGUUGGAGAAGGGGGAAGCAGUGUGCGUCCACGACUACAUGGGAACGUGCAUGGGGUCGCGGUCCCUGCAGUACCACACCUUCGAUGGGAUGGAUGUGGACAUCCAGGGUGGCUGCACCUACACCAUCGCCAAAUAUUGUGGGGCUGAUCCCACCCUGGUUCCUUUCGUCGUGGAGGAGAAGAAGAGCGAAGGAGAUCUGGAGGAGUGGUUGACCAACGUCUUCGUGUACGGAUACAACAUCUCCAUCCGAAUGGGAGAGGGUGGCGGAAUCCAGGUCAACAACCAACCCACCACCCUACCGGCCAACCUGCAGAAUGGAAAGAUCCAGAUCUCCCGAAACGAAGGCAGGAUCGUCUGCAGACAGAUUUUGGGCUGCAGGUGACCUACGAUGAGGACUGGGCUGUCAUGGUGGGCAGCGCCCAGCAGUUAUUUCGGGGCCACCCUGCGGCCUCUGUGGGAACUUCAAUGAGGAUGGGGAGGAUGAGAUGAAGCGCCCCGAUGGCAACCGCGGCCGCCGAUGCCGACGGAUUGGGCUGAGAGCUGGAGGGAUCCCUCGUGCCUGGAGGAUUGGAGAGAGGAAGAAACACAGCAAGAAACAGCGCAGGACACAGCGGGACAAGGCAGCCAAACGGAUGGGAAACAGCCCUGUGAACCCCACGAGAAAUGCACUGCGGACAGAAAUGCCCCACGCCGUCGAGCCACCAAAACCUCCACCUGCAUCGGGACGGGGGAUCCUCACUACACCACCUUCGACGGGAGGAAAUACGACUUCCAAGGGACCUGCAUCUACCAGUUUGCUGCCCUCUGCUCACCUGACCCCGCUCUCGUCCCCUUCAAUGUCACCGUGGAGAACAACAACCGGGGCAGCAAAGCCGUGUCCUUCACCAAAACUGUCACCACGGAGGUGUAUGGUGAAGUCAUCAGCAUGAGCCAGGAGCACCCGCAGAAGGUGAAGCUGAACGGAGCCUUCGUGGAGCUCCCUUUCACCCGCAAGGACCGUUUUGAGCUCUACCAGAGCGGCGUCCACGGUUUCAUCCGCACCUCCUUCGGUUUACGGGUCAGCUUCGAUUGGUACAGCUACGCCCGUGUCAUCGUCCCCGACUCCUACGCCGGCGCCACCUGCGGCCUUUGCGGCAACGCCAACGGUGACCCCGAAGACGACCUCACCUCCCACGACGGGAAGCGGAUGGAAGACGAAAUCCGUUUUGCUGAUAGCUGGAAGGUCAAGGAUGUCCCAGGUUGCUCGGCGCGUUGCGUCGGGGAUUGCCCGACGUGUGGCGAAGAGCAGAAGAAACCCUAUCGUGAGGAUGCAUAUUGUGGGGUGAUCGGGGCGAGCGGGGGACCCUUCCGGGAUUGUCACCAUCUUGUCGAUCCCGAGCCUUUCCUGGAGGACUGUGCUUUCGAUGCGUGUCAGUACAAAGGGAGGAGGGACGUCAUCUGCAAAGCGGUGGCUGCCUAUAUGAUCGAGUGCCAAAGCAAUGGGGCGGCCGUGGGGCAGUGGAGGACGCCGUCGUUCUGCGGUGAGUGGGGGGAGGUUUUCCCACCCCGACCCUUUUUAGGGGCAGCGAUUAAAGAGUUUGAGCUCAACGGCUUGGCUAUGCGAUCCCAAAGUGCCCCUAAAUUGGGUUUCCUUCCCCAUUGAUUUGUCCUGUCCUCUCCUUUUAUGCCUUUCAGGGAUCAAAUGAAGGUUAUGGGAUCCCAAAAUGCCCUUAAAUUGGGUUUCUUUCCUCGUUGAAUUGUCCUGCCCUCUCCUUUUAUGCCUUUCAGGGAUCAAAUGAAGGUUAUGGGAUCCCAAAAUGCCCCUAAAUUGGGUUUCUUUCCCCAUUGAAUGACCUGUCCUCUUCUUUUAUGCCUUUCAGGCAUCAAAUGAAGGUUAUAGGAUCCCAAAAUGCCCCUAAAUUGGAUUUCAUUCCCCAUUUAAUUGUCCUGUCCUCUUUUAUGCCUUUCAGAGAUCAAAUGAAGGUUAUGGGAUCCCAAAAUGCCCCUAAAUUGGGUUUCUUUCCCCAUUGAAUUGUCCUGUCCUCUCCUUUUACGCCUUUCAGGGAUCAAAUGAAGAGAUAUAGGAUCCCAAAAUGCCCCUAAAUUGGGUUUCUUUUCACACUGAAUUGUCCUGUCCUCUCCUUUUAUGCCUUUCAGGGGUCAAUGAAGGGAUAUGGGAUCCCAAAAUGCCCCUAAAUUUGGUUUCUUUCCCCAUUGAAUUGUCCUGUCCUCUCCUUUUAUGCCUUUCAGAGAUCAAAUGAAGGGUUAUGGGAUCCCAAAAUGCCCCUAAAUUGGGUUUCUUUCCACAUUGAAUUGUCCUGUCCUCUCCUUUUAUGCCUUUCAGAGAUCAAAUGAAGGGUUAUGGGAUCCCAAAAUGCCCCUAAAUUGGGUUUCUUUCCCCAUUGAAUUGUCCUGUCCUCUCCUUUUAUGCCAUCUCAGGGGUCAAUGAAGGGUUAUGGGAUCCCAAAAUGCCCCUAAACUGGGUUUCUUUCCCCAUUGAAUUGUCCUGUCCUCUCCUUUUAUGCCUUUCAGGGGUCAAAUGAAGGUUAUAGGAUCCCAAAAUGCCCCUAAAUUGGGUUUCUUUCCCCUUAGAAUUGUCCUGUCCUCUCCUUUUAUGCCUUUCAGGGGUCAAUGAAGGGUUAUGGCAGCCCAAAAUGCCCCUACAUUGGGUUUCCUUCCCCAUUGAAUGACCUGUCCUCUUCUUUUAUGCCUUUCAGGGAUCAAAUGAAGGGUUAUGGGAUCCCAAAAUGCCCCUAAAUUGGGUUUCCUUCCCCGUUGAAUUGUCCUGUCCUCUCCUUUUAUGCCUUUCAGGGAUCAAAUGAAGGUUAUAGGAUCCCAAAAUGCCCCUAAAUUGGGUUUCCUUCCCCGUUGAAUUGUCCUGUCCUCUCCUUUUAUGCCUUUCAGGGAUCAAAUGAAGGUUAUAGGAUCCCAAAAUGCCCCUAAAUUGGGUUUCUUUCCCCAUUGAAUGACCUGUCCUCUCCUUUUAUGCCUUUAAGGGAUCAUGUGAAGGGUCAUGGGAUCCCAAAAUGCCCCUAAAUUGGGUUUCUUUCCCCAUUGAACUGUCUUGUCCACUCCUUUUAUGCCUUUAAGGGAUCAUGUGAAGGUUAUGGGAUCCCAAAAUGCCCCUAAAUUGGGUUUCUUUCCACUUAGAAUUGUCCUGUCCUCUCCUUUUAUGCCAUCUCAGGGGUCAAAUGAAGGUUAUAGGAUCCCAAAGUGCCCCUAAAUUCGGUUUCUUCCCCCGUUGAAUUGUCCUGUCCUCUCCUUUUAUGCCUUUCAGGCAUCAAAUGAAGGUUAUAGGAUCCCAAAAUGCCCCUAAAUUGGGUUUCUUUCCCCAUUUAAUUGUCCUGUACUCCCCUUUUAUGCCUUUCAGGGGUCAAUGAAGGGUUAUGGGAUCCCAAAAUGCCCCUAAAUUGGGUUUCUUUCCCCAUUGAAUGACCUGUCCUCUCCUUUUACGCCUUUCAGGGGUCAAUGAGGGGUUAUAGGAUCCCAAAAUGCCCCUAAAUUGGGUUUCUUUCCCCAUUUAAUUGUCCUGUCCUCUGUUUUAUGCCUUUCAGGAGUCAAUGAAGGUUAUAGGAUCCCAAAAUGCCCCUAAAUUGGGUUUCUUUCCCCACUGAAUUGUCCUGUCCUCUCCUUUUAUGCCUUUCAGGGAUCAAAUGAAGGGUUAUGGGAUCCCCAAAUGCCCCUAAAUUGGGUUUCCUUCCCCAUUGAAUUACCUGUCCUCUCCUUUUAUACCUUUCAGGGGUCAAAUGAACGUUAAAGGAUCCCAAAAUGCCCCUAAAUUGGGUUUCUUUCCCCGUUGAAUUGUCCUGUCCUCUCCUUUUAUGCCUUUAAGGGAUCAUGUGAAGGUUAUGGGAUCCCAAAAUGCCCCUAAAUUGGGUUUCUUUCCCCAUUGAAUUGUCCUCUCCUCUGCUUUUAUGCCAUCUCAGGGGUCAAUGAAGGGUUAUGGGAUCCCAAAAUGCCCCUAAAUUGGGUUUCUUUCCCCAUUGAAUUGUCCUGUCCUCUCCUUUUAUGCCUUUCAGGGAUCAAAUGAAGGUUAUGGGAUCCCAAAAUGCCCCUAAAUUGGGUUUCUUUCCCCAUUGAAUUGGCCUGUCCUCUCCUUUUACGCCUUUCAGGGGUCAAUGAGGGGUUAUAGGAUCCCAAAAUGCCCCUAAAUUGGGUUACUUUCCCCAUUGAAUUGUCAUGUCCUCUUCUUAUAUGCCUUUCAGGGUUCAAUGAAGGCUAUGGGAUCCUAAAAUGCCCCUAAAUUGGGUUUCUUUCCCCGAUAAAUUGUCCUGUCCUCUCCUUUUAUGCCUUUCAGGGAUCAAAUGAAGGUUAUGGGAUCCCAAAAUGCCCCUAAAUUGGAUUUCUUUCCCCAUUGAAUUGUCCUGUCCUCUCCUUUUACGCCUUUCAGGGAUCAAAUGAAGAGAUAUAGGAUCCCAAAAUGCCCCUAAAUUGGGUUUCUUUUCACACUGAAUUGUCCUGUCCUCUCCUUUUAUGCCUUUCAGGGGUCAAUGAAGGGAUAUGGGAUCCCAAAAUGCCCCUAAAUUGGGUUUCUUUCCCCAUUGAAUUGUCCUGUCCUCUCCUUUUAUGCCUUUCAGGGAUCAAAUGAAGGGAUAUAGGAUCCCAAAAUGCCCCUAAAUUGGGUUUCCUUCCCCGUUGAAUGACCUGUCCUCUCCUUUUAUGCCUUCUCAGGGGUCAGUGAAGAGUUAUAGGAUCCCAAAAUGCCCCUAAAUUGGGUUUCUUUUCACACUGAAUUGUCCUGUCCUCUCCUUUUAUGCCUUUCAGGGAUCAAAUGAAGGUUAUAGGAUCCCAAAAUGCCCCUAAAUUGGGUUUCUUCCCCCAUUGAAUUGUCCUGUCCUCUCCUUUUAUGCCUUCCAGGGAUCAAAUGAAGGUUAUGGGAUCCCAAAAUGCCCCUAAAUUGGGUUUCUUUCCCCAUUGAAUUGUCCUGUCCUCUCCUUGUAUGCCUUUCAGGGUUCAAUGAAGUCUAUGGGAUCCCAAAAUGCCCCUAAAUUGGGUUUCUUUCCCCAUUGAAUUGUCCUGUCCUCUCCUUUUACGCCUUUCAGGGGUCAAUGAGGGGUUAUAGGAUCCCAAAAUGCCCCUAAAUUGGGUUUCUUUCCCCAUUGAAUUGUCAUGUCCUCUCCUUUUAUGCCUUCCAGGGGUCAAUGAAGGGUUAUGGGAUCCCAAAAUGCCCCUAAAUCGCGUUUCCUUCCCCGAUAAAUUGUCCUGUCCUCUCCUUUUAUACCUUCCAGGGAUCAAAUGAAGGGUUAUGGGAUCCCAAAAUGCCCCUAAAUUGGGUUUCUUUCCCCAUUGAAUUGUCCUGUCCUCUCCUUUUAUGCCUUUCAGGGUUCAAUGAAGUGUUAUAGGAUCCCAAAAUGCCCCUAAAUUGGGUUUCCUUCCCCGUUGAAUUGUCCUGUCCUCUCCUUUUAUGCCAUCUCAGGGGUCAAUGAAGGGUUAUGGGAUCCCAAAAUGCCCCUAAAUUGGGUUUCUUUCCCCAUUGAAUUGUCCUCUCCUCUGCUUUUAUGCCAUCUCAGGGGUCAAUAAAAGGUUAUGGGAUCCCAAAAUGCCCCUAAAUUGGGUUUCUUUCCUCGUUGAAUUGUCCUCUCCUCUCCUUUUACGCCUUUCAGGGGUCAAUGAAGGGUUAUGGGAUCCCAAAAUGCCCCUAAAUUGGGUUUCUUUCCCCGUUGAAUUGUCCUGUCCUCUCCUUUUAUGCCUUUCAGGGAUCAAAUGAAGGGAUAUAGGAUCCCAAAAUGCCCCUAAAUUGGGUUUCCUUCCCCGUUGAAUGACCUGUCCUCUCCUUUUACGCCUUUCAGGGGUCAAUGAAGGGUUAUGGGAUCCCAAAUUGCCCCUAAACUGGGUUUCUUUCCCCGUUGAAUUGUCCUGCCCUCUCCUUUUAUGCCUUUCAGGGAUCAAAUGAAGGUUAUGGGAUCCCAAAAUGCCCCUAAAUUGGGUUUCUUUCCCCGUUGAAUGACCUGUCCUCUGUUUUAUGCCUUUCAGGGUUCAAUGAAGGGUUAUGGGAUCCCAAAGUGCCCCUAAAUUGGGUUUCUUUCCCCAUUGAAUUGUCCUGUCCUCUGUUUUAUGCCUUUCAGGGGUCAAUGAAGGGUUAUGGGAUCCCAAAAUGCCCCUAAAUUGGGUUUCUUCCCCCGUUGAAUUGUCCUGUCCUCUCCUUUUAUGCCUUUCAGGGAUCAAAUGAAGGGAUAUAGGAUCCCAAAAUGCCCCUAAAUUGGGUUUCUUUCCCCAUUGAAUGACCUGUCCUCUGUAUUAUGCCUUUCAGGGUUCAAUGAAGGGUUAUAGGAUCCCAAAAUGCCCCUAAAUUGGGUUUCUUCCCCCCUUGAAUUGUCCUGUCCUCUCCUUUUAUGCCUUUCAGGGGUCAAUGAAGGGUUAUAGGAUCCCAAAAUGCCCUUAAAUUGGGUUUCUUUCCCCAUUGAAUCACAGCUCCCCUCUCUCACUUCUUUUUCCCUAUAGAUUCCCUCAUUUCUUCCCACUUCUCUACAACUCCUCUUCCUCCUCCUCUUCCCCCCUCCAUUCCCCCCCCUUUCUCUCAACCACCCCCAUCCUCCC